AUGGAGGUAAGGGAAGAUUUAAUGGUUUCACCUAUUGGAGACAGUGAACCAGCUUUGAGAAGUGCCUAUUUUCUGAAACCCAUUGCAAAAUCCCUUGAUGGACCAGUUUCUAAGGUUCUUUCAUCUUCUAUGACUAUGUCACUGCCACCCGUGUUUGAACCAAAGGACUGGCCUUUGGUGAUCCAUUUCGACUGGUGGCGCCACACAAAGAAGAAAUGGGUUGAAUGGGUGGAUGCCCUUCAACUCAGGUAUAAAUCAGUGUGGAAGAAAGUUGGCAUCUUUGAAGCCAUAAUGAGCACCAAGUGUUCCAUAGCGAAAGAUCAGAACUUGUGUUUUGGGAUCGCUGAGAAGUGGUGUGCUGAGACAAAUACCUUAUUGUUUCCAUGGGGCGAGGCAACCAUCACAUUGGAGGAUGUGAUGGUGUUGGGGGGUUACCCUGUUGUUGGUGAUCCUGUCUUCGCCCCACUUCAAAGCCAUGAAAUGAGAGAGGCGGAGAAGAAAUUGAUUCUUGCAAGAGAACAACUUUGGAGGAGGACAAAAGCUAAGGCUUCUUUAUCUGCAUGGAUGGAUGCUUUUGUCAAUAGUGGGAGUGAAGUUGAGCAUGAAGCAUUCCUUGCAACUUGGUUGUCAAUGAUUGGUUUUUCUUCCAAAGGUUUGGUGAGUACGUUGGUUUUCCCUAUAGCUGUUCAUCUUGCUAGAGGGAAUCCCAUUGCUUUGGGACCAGCAGUUUUGGCCAGCAUAUAUAAGGAUUUGACUUUGUUGAAGAACUCAAUAGUCGGUAUGACAAAACAACUAGUACUUGGUGAUAAAUUGGAAUUGGAGGUUACUCUUUAG